UCUUAUUCUACAUUUUACCUUUAUUUGGGUUUUAACAUCGUAUUGACCCAACAGUGCAGAAGGUGUGAGUGGAAGAGGGUAAGCUAGGAAAACGAUGCAUCGGUCAGUGGGGUCAAGAGAUGACUUUAGACAGGACUCAGACCUUGGCCUUUGUGGACUCAUACUAUCCUGGAGCUAUAGCCCACCCAGGCUGAGUAAUUACAGAGUUUUACAGAAUGUGAAGCCACUGUCAUACGUGUGUGCAGGAUUUUAAAGGAUGUGGCAUGGCAAUACUGUACUUGCAGGUUGGCUUGUGAUGCAGGGAGAUGUUCAAAGUCCAAAGGUAAAAUUUUUUAAAAAGAGUUUAAAAACGUAUCAGUGGAUUUAUCAGUGGAUUUUCAUUUCAUUUUACAAGCGUAAAAGAGAGCAAAAAAUAAGUAUUGUGUUCUUGUAGAUUAGGCCUAUUGAUGUGAAUUUCUAGGGCAAAGCCAGUCUGAAUAAGACCUAAUUAAGUUCUUAAAAUGUGAAUGCAAAUACUACCUGUAAUACCGGCACCCAUUUCUGUUUAUUGUUUGGCUGCAGUGACUGUGGCUUGCUACCAAAACUCAGGGGCAAAUUACAUAACUCAUACAGACAGAUAAAAGAAUACCUAACCCCUCACCGCCAUGAAAGUCACUCGACAGGUUAAACCAGUGGAUAUCGCCAGCCACCAGAUAACAAUGCCGAACGUUCAGAAAUAGUACCCUUCCUGCAUCACAUGAGACGUCACCUCCUUGAUUGAAGUGAUUUGAAUAUUGAUUAUGUAAAAAUAGCAACCAUUUUACAUAGAUCUGCACAGUAUAAUCCUGGAAUAACUUAAAACAACUCCUUCCUCAAUGACUUUAAAAGAAAUGUAAGACUCAGAUGUGUUGGCUUUCAGGCUUGUGUGUAAGGCCUGAAUUUGGAAAGGCAAUAUAACUUUAAGGAUCAGUGACCUGUAAUCCAUUAAAAAACACUGAAAUGACUGAAGAAGAUGCUGAUGCACACUUUCUUUGUUCCACACAUGGAGUGGACUUUUACCAAGACGAGUCUAGACCCAUUAAACCUCCUGCAGUCCCUCCUAAAAAAACUUCUCUGUACCAGACACCUAGAGGCCCUGAAACUCCCAGCAGGCCUCCAGUCAGUCUCAAGCCCUUUCUACGAUCACCAGCAUCACUUACGUCAUCACCCACACCACAACAUUUAUCUCCGAAUCAAAGUGCUACUCAUGAUUCACCCAACAUUGAUCAUGGUUCUGCGGAUUUGGAACACCCUGUCUCCCCUCGUCCUGGCUGCCCCCCUGUCGUGCCCCCCAAGAGCAACAUCUACCGGCACCCCAAUGUUCUGACCUCGAGCGACACCAGCCAUGGCGGACAGACUCCAUCUCCUGUUUCAUUCUCCACCACUGAGAAGGAGCUAGAACCCUCGCCCCGGACUGCCCUGAGGCCUCCACAUUCACCAUCCGUGCCCAGCAGAUCACCGGGGCCACACAAGACCCAGUCACAGGACUCUGAGGGCGUUGUUGCCGUGGAGAGCCCCCUGACCUCCCCAUCUCCGAAGCCUAUUCCUUCCCCGAGAACCAGACGCAUCUACAGUGCAGGAACACAGAACCCUACCUCAGCGACACCCAACACCUCAACUGAGGAAAUACCUCUACUAUCAGAACAGGUGUCAAGAAUACACGUGACAUCCCAACAGCCUGUUGAAUACAACACACUGCGGUCAGAGAAUCAGACAGUCCCCACCCCACCUCCGAUCCCCCCAAAACUCAAGACCUUGGACAGACUGCAACCCCCCAUGACCCAGAGAAAUUAUGAUAGACUCUCACGUCCAGAGCCAUCAGCAACCAGUGGAGGUAAUGCCCUCGCCCGGCCGCCACCACCCACCUUCUCACCUCCACCACCUCCAACACCCUCGGCGACCUCUCCCCUCUCCUCUCAUGGAAGGAAAUCAGAGCACAGCAGGGCCUAUCUUGAGGUGCUUCCCGGGGACUCUGGCUAUGAGGGAACUAUAUAUGAGCCAGCACCUAGACUUGGGACAUUGCCAAAAUCUCCACCCAGGACACUGCCAAGAUCCUCAUCAGAGCCACUUCUUGAUAAGAGGGAGGGGGAGCAGGAACAACAUCUGUCAAAAUGGAGGAAGACGAUGGAAAUGCACCCCGCACCUUUCACACGCUACAGCAGACCUAUGACUGUAGAGGAAAAAACCCGGUGGUUAAACCAGACAGCGCAACGGGUAUGCAAGAGUUUAACGAAUUUCCAGUUCAUGCUGCCCGGACGCAGGGACACGCUUUGUUGGCACAUCUCAGAGCUCAGGGAAAUUGCAGAGAAAGUAGAAAAGUCUAGCCAGAAGCACCGGAUGAUGGGCAUCGGCGGAGGCACGGGAAGUGCCGUCGGAGGGGUGACGGCCGUGGUGGGCAUUGCCUUGGCACCUGUCACCAUGGGGGUCUCACUGAUUGCCACGGCGGUCGGGGCAGGAGUGGCAGUUGCCGGUGGCAUGGGCGCAAGUUCGGCAGUGAAGAAGAAGAAGUAUAAGGGCACAGAGCGAAAAAGAGGCAAGGAUAUCAUGAAGGCGUACAGAGACCAGGUGAUCGAUUUGGAAGAGAGUCUGGCGAUAGUGCGAACUGGCAUGGAAGAGCUCAUGCGACAUGAUCUGACUGGUGCCAGUGAAGAGGCGGCGUGGAUGGCACAAGUAGCAGAAGCGGCGAGCCGCUAUGGAAAGCCUGGCAGUGCCAAGCCAACAGUCUUGAGCACGGACGACAUCCUGAAGGAGUUUGAUGUUUUCCCAGAGGUGUACUACUCUAUCAGUGAUGGUGAAAAGCAGAAGAAGACCACAGACAAGACGUUUGCCUCAAAGGUCCGCACAGCAGCCGAGCAACUGCAGGAGGGACUGAAUGACAUGAACUGUGCUUGGGAAACAUUCUCAUUGGCCACAGCCAGGGUCUGAGAUGGGGAAUCACUUCUGCUGGUGACAGCAUGCAGGGGCGUCGAACAGGGGGUAAAAGUGGGACUGAUUACCAAGGCCCCAAGGGGGGAGA